AUGGAAGAGGAAUUUUCUGCUCUUACGUGUCAAGGCACAUGGUCACUUGUUCCACCACCUGAAAAGCUACAAUUCUCGGUUGCCGAUGGACGUUCAGACAAAAUUAUUGCCAAUGGAAACGAUCAAUCAUCAAUUGAGUUCCUUCUCACUACUCCGGUCUCACUUUCCCUCAAACAAUUAGGUAAUGUCUCCCUGUUCCUUGGCAUUCAAAUUCUUAAUACCCCCUCCGGAUACCUACUCAACCAACGUCAUUACGCUCUCAAGAUCCUCCAAGACGUCGGGCUACACGACUGCAGUACGGCUCCAACUCCGAUUACGCCAAAUCGUUCUGCUCCUGUUUCAGAUGACAAACCUUUCGUUGAUCCUCAUCUCUACCACAAGAUAGCUGGCUCUCUACAGUACAUGUCUAUUACUCGUCCGAACAUCCCAUUCCGCUGCAAAUCGCAUUUCCAACACAUGCACGCUCCAACCGAUCGUCACUUUCAGCUUCUUAAGAGACUGCUUCGUUACAUUAAAAGAUCGCUAAACUACGGUCUUCCGAUCUCUUCAGCUCCGACCGAAAAUCUGUCUCAGGAUUCUGCACCAUCUUGGCAAUACCUCAUUCCUGGUCCGUCAAGAAGCAAACGACCGUUGCAAAGUCGUCUGCCGAGGAAGAAUACGAUCACUGUCGCUGCUGCCUCUGAUGUUCUGUGGGCGUUCCUUGUUGAGGAACUUGCACCUAUUCUCAAAGUCUCCCACCACAUCUACUGUGACAACACCUCCGCGAUCGCUUGGCAAGGAAUCCCAUUUUCCAUGCUCGCACUAAACACAUCUAACUGGACUCAUCACACUUUCUUCGUCAACACAUUGACAGUGGAGCUAUCACCAUAG